AGUCGAAUUCCAGUUAGUUGCUUUUGAUAUCUAUGAAUACCACGACAAACGUAAUUGAAAAAGUAUUUAAUAUACAUAGAACUAUAUUCCACAGCUUGAAUAUUCAAAAUCCGGUUCGAUAAUGCCGGCACCUUCUAAAGGUCGGUUCAGUGGAAGCCACAAACGGGCUACUGGGUCUUCGGUUCGUGGCACAUUAAAGGAUGAUACUUCUUCGGAUCAUCGAAUUUCAAUAAGAGGUAAAAGAGAAAGAGACACAUUCUUGCCCGAAUCGAUGUCGGAACCGGAUCCUGAACAGAAGGUGCUAAGGGCUAAGGCGUCGGUUAGGAACAAUGUGAGUGAGCCUUGGGAGAAGCGAAGGUGUCCUCCGAAGAAGCAGCACCGACAAACCAAACGGGAGAUUGAAAUUGCCAAAUUUAAGAACAUUGACUUUUCACAUCGUGACUCGGAUCCCCAGCUGACCGUUCAGACUCUAGAGUUUCCGGACGCAAACAUUAAACGCACUGAGAUUGAGACUCGUGAUGAAUGUGGUAAUCGGGAGUUUAAGCCCAAGAAAGGGGCCAAUGAUUUUCUUAGCUCCAGUGAGUCACGUUUUCGUGAUGCCGUUUUCACGGUGAAUAUGCAAGCGCGCAGUUGCACCUCUUCCAGCAUUCCAGGAAGGCCAGCUACCUCCGGAAGGAAUACACGGCGCUCCGUUGUGUGUGCCCAGGGAGCUCCGGACUCAAAAGAAAUGAUCGACGAUUAUCAUGUGCCAUCGGUGCGUCCGAAAGGCUUCAAGGGCGAUCAAUGGAAGCAACCCUGCGAGGCUAGCUAUGAGCCUGGAGCGCCUCGGCCACAUAUCGGACGUUGUCCGAAGAACUAUCAGCAGCUGUCAAAGUUGUCGCCGGUCCGUCAAAAGUUCUUUUUGACGCAGGAUCCACGCCGGACCCACUGUCUGGUUAAUCCCAGUGCGCUGCGGCAUAAGAAACUCACCCAGGAUCAGCAAUUUAAGCUCAUAAGCAAGAUGGUCAAGCAUGGAGACAAUGUGUGCGCCAGCACCGGAUCAGAGUCAUCGGAUACUCAUAUUUGUGAGGUGAUUGACUUGGAAAAUCCCGUCAAUUUGGACUUUCAGGGCAUGGACUAUAAGAACACGUACGAGAAGGACGAGCAGGAGCAGCAGAAUCAACAGACAUACUGGCGUGUCGUACGCUAUAUGACGCGACGUCGCACAAAGAAGAUGACUGAAACGAAAGUGGAGGCAGAGCUGCAAGCGGAACGCUUGGAAAUACCAGCCGUCUUUAAUACCAAGAUUAAGGAUGAGCCCGUGGCUGAAGACCCUCCUGCGAAGCCUUUCAAGCUAGCUGAACUUUUUCGAUCACCGGACAAGCCGGCCAACAAAGCCAAUCUCACUGAGGAGCAAAGGAGACGUGAGGCACGCUACAAGGACAUUUAUCUGCGCAAUAAACAGCGAAAGGCGCAAAAAGAGCAAGAGCGUAAUCAACAAGAGGCAGCUGCCAAAGAGAUUGAGGCACGCACCGUCGCCGAAAAGGAUCUGCUUGAGGAUGUGGCCAAUAUCGAUGAUGAUAUCGAGCGCAGUUUCCGAAAGUUCGAGUAUAUUCCGCCAGUGAUCAGAAAACGAAAAUUCUUCCCGAAAACCUUGACGGAGACGGAACGCCUGAAGGGCAUCAUGCACAAGGAGAACUGUGUGCGUCGAGAUCAGGCCAGGGUAACGCAAGAGUUCUUCUUAGAGCGGACGGGAAAACAAAAGAAGUAUCCCUAUGCGGCACAACAGUUGCGCUGCGAGGAGAGCAUUGAGGGAAGCGUCGGUUCCACGCCAAGUGAACAGAGCAGCGAUGAUGAGGACUAUCUGAAGGUGGGGAAAAUCGGUGAUCACUUUCAGCUGCGCGGUUUCCACUUCAAGCAUGGCGACGGACUGCGUGGUAAGUUGCAUCGUCACCAGAUCAUGGAGGGUCAACGCACUGUUAAGGGUUGCCUCACCCGCGAUGAGUGGCUUAAUGAAUUGGCACCCCGCAAAGAGCCAAUUAAGCUGGACGUAGAGAGGGGUAUAAUCAAAGUACUAGACCCCGAUGAUCCCAAAUUGGAUCUAUUCCCACCGCAGGGGAUGCUGUUGCAUCGGCACGAGCAGAAGAGCGCAAUUAAGGAGUUCAUUGAUAAGCGUUUGGGCCUCCAUUAUCAUCGUGUCCUACGCAAGAAUCUAAAACUGGUCAAGCCAAAGCUCAAGUAUCAUGUCCAAAAGUUUAAUCUCAUUCGAUAUGUGUUUCCCGAAAAGAUCAUUGUGCCGGAUGCACCAGAUCUCCUGGAAGGCGACAUGGUGGACGCCAACAAAGCCGACACCACCGUGGAGUACAUCGCCCUAAAGAACCGAGUGGCAAAGGCCAAGCAUCUCAAACAGAAGCUGGCAAGGAUGAAUCUUCUGGGCUUGACUUGUGUGGAGGCCAAACAACUACGCGAGCAAUCCCCUUGCGAUGCUAAGGAAGAGGAGUACGAUCUGGACUGGGUACCACCUCAGGAGGCAGUCACUGUUCCCGCAAGUAGUGAGUCGGAUAAGCCGCGCAUUUCCGAUUACCGCAUAAAUGCAGGCGCCGAUGCUGGAGUCCCAGAUAUUCCUAUCGAUCAGCGUGGUAAUAUGCCAGCACCCAUGUUCCGAGAGAAGACGCUCCACAUUCAUCCAAGACGACAACGCGACUAUGCCGCGGAGCGUGUGCCCUCGGCCCAGUUUAAUGAUGCAAUCCUCCACUCCGGUAUGCCAAUGCUGGAGAAGAUCAUGCCGGACACGAUCAAGUUUGCUAAUGUGCGUACCCCAAAGCGUCCUUAUACGGAAGCACUUGAGGCGCGACAUCAUCAUGAUCAUUGGGAUCCAACGCAAGUGAAGCACGUCCAUGUGCAUUAUCAGACCAAGACGGUCUAUCCGGAGAUCACAGUGCAGGAGCAGCCCGAGAAGGUGCCAAUUGUAAAUUUUAUCAAAGCCAAUCCUCCGUGUAAGAAAUACAUGGACACGGACCUAACCAUGCCGCACUAUGAUUUCGAGAAAAUGAUUUCCGAUCACUUGGCAGCCACUCGAGUUGAUAGCAAGGAUGGAGCCAGAGAGGUGGUGCAGGAUCUCUGCCAACCUUAUGACUUUAUCUUUCAUUCCCGAAAACCCGAAGAGCUAACCACGCUGGACUUUCCAGGACGUCGUCAGUAUCUUGAGUUCUUGCGGGAGACUCGUGAGGCUAUCUACGAGACCAAGGACAUUGAACCGGGUGAGGAGCGUCUUCUGGUAGAUCGUAAGGCGAUUGUCGCUGAACUGGAGGAGGAUCUCAAAAGCAUUGAGCAAUGCCUGACCUCACUUAGCAGUUCCGAAUGCACGAAUCUUUCCAAGGACAGCGGCAGCUUUUUAUUGCUGGAGGACGACACAAAGAUACCCUUGGAUUAUAUACGAAAACCUCUAGUUCCUUUUGAGGAGAUGCGUCGAUCGCGUUUCCAGGCCGAAGUAAUUGAUGUGGAUGCCGAGGAGGAGAAUCCAUAUCGCACAUUGCCCUUCUCUGGUCAGCACAAAGAGCAGGCCGUCAUGUUGGGUCCCAAGGAUUCGUUCUUUACCUUCAGCUCUCGUCUUCGCAACGGUUUACGCCUUAGACUGGAAGUUCCUGUGCCAGAUGUGCGGAAUACCCUACUAGGACCUGGACCAAACAAAUACUAUGGUUCAGUUAUAACUGACCUCGAUGAGAACUACAUCGAUGAGCUGAAAAAUCGUGCUAUAGUCAAACCAUUUAACUUCAAGACUGGAAUUGAGCUCCUAAAAGUUGCGAUGCGUCUGAAAUAUGAGUCGCUUUUGAUUCAAGGAAAGAUGGUUCGCACCAAAAUCUAUGAUACGCUUAACGAACGCCACUGGCAGGAUAUGAAGAACACACAGAUCCUCUACGAGGGACUCUUUGCCAAGUGGGAGAAAAAGGAGUACAAUGCGGCGAUGACUCAGGUGUAUCAGGUGAAGACCUACUACGAGAUAACCGAUAAAUUGAAGCAGGAAUACCGCGAAUUGGAAAGGGAGCUGACGAUGCUCAACAUGGACAUUGUGUUUAUCGAGGGUCAUUGGAUUCGCUGUGUUAUGUUGCAGAACUUUCAUUAUUUGCUUGGUGAGGAGGAAUGGCGAUCGGAGCACGAUUGGAUUCAUUUGGUGCCAGUAAAGAAACGGGGCAUACAUUCCGAUGGUGACGGUUUCGAACAGAAGACCGGUGAUCUUGAGGAUGAAGAGGAUGUGGAGUAUGAGCUGGAACCCUAUGACCAGUCCAUUGCCAAGCGUACUAUAGUGAACAUACGCGUCCGGGACAAGGAUGACGCGUGGGCAAUACGCGAUUUUUACUAUGAUGUCUAUAUGCGGAAUCUUCACCCGGUAUUGCAGGUGUUUCCCAAUGCCGAGAAUUUCCUGCAGGGCAUUGAAAAUCUGAAGAACAAGACUUUUAUGCUACUGCUGGAAAUGCAUUACACUCUCUCCAUUCAUACCGAGCUACAGGGUAAACUGGAGAUAUUUGUGGAUUGGUGCAACAAGGAUUUGAAGGAGAAGCAGGAAUAUGUGGCGCGCAAGUCAGCCAAGAAAUAUUUUAUGGAGGACCGUGCCAUCGAGAUGGAGGCUCGUGUGAAGCAAAGUCUUGAUAAGCCCAUUGAGGAAUCCUUUGCCGACGAAGAGUUUAACAAACAUCGAGCAGUUCUCGCCGAGGUCUGGCGUCGUCUGGUCCCCUCCACGGUGCGAGGAUCAAGUGAUGUCAUCCCCAAUGCCUCGGACAUGGUCGCCGCCAUUAGCAAUGUGAUAUUGGAAAUACUGGGUAAAUUUGAGCACAUGGAUAUUGAUAAGGUGCGCGAACUGGAAAUGACAUUCCGUAAGCGACGUCGCUACUUCGAGAAGCUCUCGGCCCAGGCCUAUCAAAUUGAGAGACGCAUCGAUAUGGAAAUGAAGAAAGUACGACGCAAUCUGGAGCCGCCCUAUAAGAAACCCAAACGUGUUGGGCCCCUCCAGCGCCUUUUCCUCAAGAAGCGUGUUAAGAAGAUUGUCCCACAACCCGUUGUCAUCUCGGAAAAUACGAGAAACUUUGUGCGCGCCUUCGCUGAGGAUGGUGUCGUCAGCGAGGGAUUUAGCCAAGAGUCUGUAAUGGUCCUCGAUAAUAUUCAGGAACAGAUUGUGCCCUUCUAUUUCGAUCACUUCCUGAAAAUCAAUGGGUAUACCCCCAACUAUAAUUUCAAGACAAAUAUUGAGAUACGCGAUGGUCCUGAGAUCAAUCGCUUUCAUAUUCGUGAGGUUAUUCCGGAUGUUAUCCAAAAGGUAGAGCACUGGGAGAUUACGCAUAAGAAGAUAAUGGAGGAGAACAUUCAACGCAAUCCAAAGAUGUACGAGAAUGUUAACUAAUUGACGAUCGAUCAUUUCAAGCCGUAUUACAACAAAUUUAUCAGAUUUCAAAGUUUAAAAGUUAUAAAUUAAAUUGCAGGUGUUUUCGCUCAAAAUGAA